AUGGCUCGUGAUCACAGGCCACUGCCGAACAUAAUUUUGAUUAUAUGCAUUUGCGUAUUUGGUAUUUUUGGUAACUCAAUGAUCAUUCUCGCUACGAUCACUUCAAAAAGACUGAGAGGUCGCUGCAAUGCACUUAUUUGUAUGCUGGCCGUCUCUGAUCUUUUCUGCUGCGUCUAUCUAAUACACCUUCGAGUAAUGAUGCUUUAUGGGUGGUACAUCCAAAAAAGUGAUCUGUGUUACUGGCACAGUAUUUAUGGACUAUUAGCGAUUAACGCUGGAUCAGCCCUAGGACUCAUUCUUGGAAUUGACCGCUUUUUGGCAGUGUUUUGGCCUAUAAGGUUAGUGGCUUCAUGCAAGAUUUGCUCUUUCACCGUUAUCCCGCCGUUGUCUCCAUGUGAGAUCGUUGAAACUAAGAUCUUAGAAUUAGGACGCAAAAAUACUUACAAAUAUGCCUGGUAAGG